UGAUGGUGCGAGCAGACUUCUUCGUUCUGCUGUUCUUAACCCAUGUGAGCGUCGUGUGGGGUUUCGCUCGUCUUAUGGAUGACGUGGAACUGCGAUCGGCGUUCUCGGUGGCACGCACCAGCAGCAUGGAGGGCGGGCCCAAGAUGACGGUGACCUUCGACACCGUGUAUAUCAACAUCGGAGGAGACUUCGAGCCCAAGAGCGGUGUGUUCCGCUGUCGGAUCCCCGGAGCUUAUUACUUCUCCUUCACCGUGGGGAAGUUUCCGCACAAAGACCUGUCCGUGAUGUUGAUGAAGAACAGGAACGAGGUGCAGGCCAUCGUAUACGAGGAGAACGCCGGAGAGGAGAGGAAGGUGCAGAGUCAGAGCGUGAUGCUGCUGCUGGAGUUCGGCGACACCGUGUCUCGCCUCCACGGCGACCCUCGCUACGCCCUCUACAGUAACACGGGACACUACACCACAUUCAACGGUUACCUGAUCUACCCUGACACCUACGGGUACCAGACGCACCGCCAGAGCCCCGCCCACACUUCCCAGCAGCCCCUGCAGGAUCGUGUCAGACCCACGACCAUGACCACGGACCAGGACCGGGACGACGAGGACGACGACGAAGACGAUGACCAGCGGUCCGCGUUCUCGGUGGGACGGACCCAGAGCAUAGUGGGCGUGGAUCAGAUGGGGAUGCCGCAGCACCAGCCCGGGCUUGACACAUCGUUCGUUAAUAUCGGCGAGGACUUCAACGUGACAGAGGGCGUGUUCUCCUGCCGCAUCCCCGGCGUCUACUACUUCUCCUUUAACGUUGGGAAGCUGCCCCAGAAGACGCUGUCGGUGAAGCUGAUGAAGAACCACCUGGAGGUGCAGGCCAUGAUCUACGACGACAGCCAGGGCGAGAAGGCGCUGCAGAGCCAGAGCCUGAUGCUGGCGCUCAAACCCGGAGACACCGUCUGGUUGUACUCGCACCAGAAGGACGGCUUCGGCUACAGCAACCACGCCAAGUACAUCACCUCCACCUGGUUCCUGGUCUACCCC